GUGUUUCGCGCUCAGCGGGCAGGCAUGAAUCAGUAUAUAGGCUAUGCCCGAAGUUGACCAGCGGCUGUGCUGUAGUCCGGCAGAUCCGGCACCGGUGCUGGUGGUGUUCACGCCGAUGGAAGCUUUCCCGCGUGUGCAUUCUCCAGUCACCGUGAACUAUUUAGAUGAGUGCAGACUGACGUAAGCUGCUGUCAAAAUUUCGACCUUCAUCAUGGAUGGCUUCAGGAAGACUAAAGAUACCGAUGUUGUGGACUCGUGCUCACCAACGUUGGACUUCACUUGGUUCGACAAAGUCGUUCUUGUUUGGAGUGCUGUGAUGGUGUUUGUGGAUAUAUGCUUAGACGCGGUUUUGGUAUACAAACACUUCGUCGCUGGGAAUACCGCAUACUUCGUUUGUACCUUGAUAUUUAUUCUUCUUCCCUCGUGGAUUAUUACUUGGAUUAGCCUACGGUGGUAUAUCGUCCAAUCGCGCUAUGGUCUGUAUAAAGAGUACAGAAUGAAGUUGUGGGUGACAGUGAUGUGCCACGUAUUCCAGCUGAGUGUUGCUUAUAGGUCUUUCAGUUCGCUCUUCUAUGGUCUGCGUAGCCAAGAUACAAAGCGUCCUCCAGAGCAACGCAGAGUCUACUAUCGCUUAAUGCUGUGGGAGGACAACGACGCAUCUAUUCUACGACUUAUUGAGGCAUUCCUGGAAGCCGUGCCUCAGGUGUUACUGCAGGCUUAUAUCGUCAACACUAGACAGCAAAGUCCAUCUACUGAAUUGGUCCAGAAGAUGUCUAUUGUAUUUGGCACCUUGUCUGCAGCCUGGGCCAUUGUGAGCUACGUCCGUACGGUGCGUUUCACACGUGAAAACAGCCCCAACAUUUCAUGGCUGGCCACUACCUUCUGCUUCCUGUGGCGCGUACUCGUCCUCAUGCCACGGUUCACAGCCCUCACCCUGUUUGCUGUCCGUUUCACAUGGAUCCUGUUUCCUGUGUGCACGUGCCAUUGGCUUCUUAUGUUUACCUGGCUGCUAUCCACCCAGCACGUCGGUCAGUUCCAGCAAAGGAAAGACCGGUACUUGUUCAAGGCUGCCUUGGCAGGGAUCUACAUCUUUUGUAUGGUAGACAUGUCACCUGGAAGUAGGCGUUGCCGCUACGCCAUUUUCUACUGUGUCACCUUCUUAGAAAAUGCUCUCCUGCUCGGUCUAUGGUUCCUGUUCACGCAGGUGAAACCAUGGUACACCACCUUGGCGCUGGUCGGCAGCUUUUGCAGCUUCUGCGUGGGAAUCAUUUUCAUGAUGGUGUACUAUGUAUGGAUGCACCCAAGUAUGUCCGUCGUGUAUCCUGUGGCUAGUAGUGCAUUAGAAGCACCAAAGACGCAUUCGAACUCUGGCAACGGCCAACUGGUGGAGGAAAAGGAUGAGACACCAGUUCAGGGAUACAAAGAAACAAGAGUGUGAGCAGGGAGAAAGAAGCAAUCUGUAGGGAAGGGAAAUUUCUCUAAAGUUAGAAGUAUGCCAUGCAUCAGGUGCAUUCAAUGAUCAUCAUCAGUCUGCUAGCGGAGUCUGACAACCACCUAAACGUUUUGGACCCAAUGAAGUACAUUUGCUGAGGCAUUACAAAACUCCGCGAAAUUUUCAGCAGCAUGGCUUUCCUUGGAUGUUGAAAAGGCAAAGGCAGCAAAAGAAGGCCUGGACAGUUACUGAAGUACCUAAUAAUUCAACAUACUGUAAAACAAAUAUGAACAAGGACUAUGACCAAGAGCAUAACAGCAGUGAAACUACGUUGAAGGAUACGUGACUGUCAACCAUGUGAAGCCAAAGGUGCAAACAUAGGAUCUCUCUUCAAAAGUGCUACAGAUCUCAAUGAAUGCUUGAGGAACAGCAACGAGGAGCAGUGACAAACUUGCUUUGUGUGGUAAUAGGAUGAGCAACACUUGAGACAAGCAGUUACCUAGAAUGAGUAUCUAUGACUGCGUCUUGACGCAGUCUUGCGUCACUUGUCGUGUCUUUCUUCUGCAAUUUAGACAACAGUUGAGGUAGCUUCUGUCAACAUAUGUAUCAACAUGUGUUAAAAGGUUGCAAGUCCUGCCUAUUGCACUGGCUAUGCAGGUGUGGCCUUCUCAUUUUGAUAUCAAUGUUGAUGUUUGCAAUGAUUUUCAUGUAAGAGUUGGAAUAAUAAUGCAGUAGUUUUCAGCAAAGCAUGUGUGAAUAAAACCUUAGUUUGUGCAUUCCCCCUCUCUCUGAUGAAGAAUGAUAAUGCGAGGCGGCUCUCAUUAGUCUCCUCAAAUGAUCUUCCGUGAUGAUUGGGCAAAUUGUUCGAGAUCAAUGGUAAGCCAGCCGCAUUGGGUGCGUUAAGUAGGUGCCCCGGAGUGCGAGUGUUUCAGGCGCCACUCACUUAACGCAACACAAGUGCCACUCGCGCACCUGGGAGUGUGAGACUCCGCGCCAGUUUUUGCACUUCGGUUUCACUUAGGUGCAUGAAAGCCGACGACAAGCACCCCGGAUGCUUGAGAUUUUCCGUGACAUACUUCCUGUUAAGCACUGGCAGGACGGCCUCUGAAGCGUGGGCUCGGAAUCAAAAUACGGACAUCUUAUGUUAUCCGAUGCUCCCUUUUCGAUUACUAUAGGUUCAAACUAAGGCACUGUAACCUCCGUCCGUGCACUGCAUGAGCAGACAACUGGAAGUGGCAUGAGCGAGCGAGCAGUAUAGCACUUUAAAGUUGCUUUUCACUUUUUUGUGGCCGCUCCGGGUGUGUCAUACCCUCGACUUGAGCGCGCCGAAAGGGGGAUGCCUACUUAACGCACCCAUUAUUGUGCUUCUUUAGAAGGAGAGAAGAGAGAAAGCGUCAGACACGUCAAAUGUUUCACAUGCUGGCUGACGCUUUUGGGCUGACGGGGACUUACGACUGCGUGGCUGAUGGAGUGCACCACAUUUGUAUUUGUGUAGAGGCAGUUUCCUUUUUGUACCAUUACAAUUCAGGGUGUUUUUCUAACCAUUACAUUUUUAUAAAAACUAUGAGAACAGCACAUAUACUGUUUUUGGCAUGUGAGAAAACUGUCACGUGGAUUCUCUGUCAAUGAGCAUGCAACUUCUAGAUGACUAGUUACCUAAAAUUUAUAAACUAUUAUGUUUUUGGGAAAAUGUGAGAGAGAAGAAAAAUAGCUAGUCAAUAUUUAUACCAUCGCAUUUUGUAAAAUCCUGACUUGCACACAUACUUCGAGAUAUCCAUCGCCAAAUGCAAAUGAAGAAUGUACGUAGCAUAAUUACUUGGGUCUGUGUCAUUUUCAUCCCUGUCUUGCUCCGCAGACUCAAGGAAUUUUGCUACCUUAUGCUACCUCAGCUACACACCAGCUUGCUUGCUUACUGUUCCUGUAUUUGAUGAAGUGAGCUGAUAUAGAAACUAGAACUUAAGGAGCGCAGGGAGGCGACGAGCUUCAACAUCUGCGUCUAGUCUGGGCCUCAGUGCAGUUUACGUAUCUGUACAUCAGAACAGCACUUAUUCCAAUCAGCUCCAUCGCUUCAAAGCACGCCACUCUUCGACAUGGAAUGGAAGUUGUCCUUCCUGUGCCCACGAUGUGCUUAGUCUCGCUUUUAGCUCACUUGCAUAGCAAAAUUUGGCAAUGGAUAUCUCAAAGUGCGUUUGCAUUUCAGGAUUUUUGAAAAGGAGAGUGGCUUCGAACAAUGAAUGACUCCAAUUGUUCUAUCUCAGAGUUUCUUGAACACAUCUAAUUAUAAUGUCAUUGAUUGAAUACUACGGAAUUAGUCAUGUAGUAGCUGCAUACUCUCUUCGACGCCUGUGUUGCUCUCAUGGUCUUUUUUUUUUCAAGAAUUUUGUAACGUUUAGAAAAAUACCUUGUAUACAGACACAACUGACCAAACAUGUAAGAACAAUGCACAGAACUUUAUAUAGGAUGAUGUCAUAGCACUAUAGUGUCACUCUUAGCAAAAUGCACCAAUAUGCCGGAUGCACAAGUGAUGCAGGACGUUUGAUCAACACUGUAUUUUGAAUAUUUGCUCAGAUGGCUUUGUAAUGCCGUGAACACAAACGUGUCUGCUGAAAAAAUAAAGAACUCCUAAAUUAUUCAAAUAAAAA